AUGGUGGGUUGGCAGAGGAAUCUACAGUCCCUAAUCAGUCAUAUUGGUAAACGAGUGUCUGCUGCAAACUUUUCUUCUUCUUCUUCUCAUUUUCAGAGACUCUGGAGACCAUCUCCUCAAACCAUUGCGAGGCCUCUUUAUCACUGCUUUCAGCACUUGGGGAUUUCCAGUUCAAGGAACUUGCUUGCAGAUUCGUCUGUCGAAUCACCUCUUCAAUCUACGGUGGCUCCUGUCUCUGCAUCAGAUGGUGAAAGUAAUGAAGAACACAACCAGAAACCGCUCUCUAAAUCUGCACAAGUUCAAUUUGUCUUAAAGGGCAUAAAAAUGAGCUCUAAUAAGGUCAACUUGGUUGCUAAACUGGUUCGUGGUAUGCGUGUUGAAGAUGCAUUGUUGCAACUGCAAGUGACAGACAAGCAAGCUGUAAAAACUGUGUAUCAGGCUCUUCACUCAGCCCGAGCAGAUGCAACAUAUAAUCAUGGGUUGGAUCCAGAACGUCUCCUUGUUGCUGGGGCAUUUGUUGGAAAGGGAUUCUUGGGAUUCCACAAGAACAGACUUUACUACCAUGGUAAAAGCAACAAUGGAACUAAAGUGAGACCAAACAACUACCAAUUGAUGGUGACGCUGAGGGAGAUUACUCCUGAAGAGGAGGAGGAGAUAGCCAGACAGAGAGCUAACAAUUUUCUCUAUCUCUCUAAGCGCCUUCGGCUCACCAAGAAGGAAAAUAAGUUUGUUCCUCACCAGCUUAUCAGGAACCACAAAGGCAAAGUCGGUAGUAGUCAGCCAAGUGGUAUGACUUCAUGA